GAAGUGACAUCUUGCUUACUACUUUGCAUGUGAUCACUGAUUGGCCAAUCAGUGAUCACAUGAUCGGGACCUCGUACAGAGGUCCCGUCCGACGAUCAGUGUUUCACUGUGUCCGGAGGACACAGCGGGCACCGGAUCGCGGUGCUGCGCGCUCCCAGGGAGCGCGCACAAGCAGGAAAACUUGCAUUCAGCAAUCGAUUUUGUCAGCGUUUCAAACGCAAAAUGCUUGUAAACGCGGCAAAUCGCGUUUAUAAGUGUUUGCAGCUUAACUUUUUUUUUUUUUUUUUAAC